AUGAAAUCUAAGGAACCAAAACAAUCCACUGAACUUGCGCAGAUCAACUCAACAGGGUCAACACUACUCCCACGUCCAGUCGCAUCUCUGAUAUCCUUGAUUACCCAGUCAACUUCACUAUCUUUACGAUUGGGAACAUUCUUCGGCGGAGCUGCCCUAGAUGGCGCGCGUGCCACUACUCUCACUAGCCUGGAACUAAGCAGGGCCUUGGUAGAGGGGAUCUUGACAAGGGCAGGACGCGAUGUCGCGAUUCGAAGUGGUGAUGAACACGGUAGAGCAGAGGCAGAGACUCUCCUUGAGCGAAGUCUGGCAACGUUACACACAACUGUGACCUCGGCAUCUUUUUUCGCUGCGGCAACAUUCCACUUCUCGUCUACUACAUUGUCUUCGAUUUCCAAUCUUUCGCAGGCACUAUUAUCUACUUUGGAUGCAAUUUUAGGGUCCACUGAGUCAUCCAGGGCCAUCGCGGCCAUCAUCACGCUCAUUCGGCGCGAGUUUAGAUCCAUUGAACCGGGUACAAAUAUCAAGAAUAUCGGUGUCGGAGAUCUACUCGUUGGGUCUCUGGGCUUUGCACUACUGCAGCGGUGGGGAAAGAAGAAUACUGAACGCCAUCUGCGCCAGAAUGGUGGAGACGAGGUCGUUUGGGAUGUCGUUAUCUUAGACAGCGGUGCAAGGGCAGAUGUAAUCGGGUCCCAUCAGCUGCAGUUCGCUGACCGCGGAAAUGAGGCAGUUGUGGAACCCUGCAGUGCGUCCUUUGUGAUGCCUGGUAAUGGUGAAGAAACAUUCGAUGCAGUCAGGCGCUCAGACUCCACCGAUACACUGGGCCAUCGUCUUUCACUUCCCUUGGAUGGUCAGCAGCAGGUAUCUGAUGAGGAUGUCCGCGAUUAUAUUAUGAGCCAGUUGCCUCAGGGCUGCCAUGCAUCCAUUAGAUCAGAAGUCCUCACGGCGCGAACGAUCACGGUCGAUAUCUAUGAUGAUGAUAUGGCAGAGAUCGCACCGCCGCCAGGGACGAAGAUGAUUGAGGAACGAUUCCACCAUGGUCAUAAUUAUGGAGAUACAGUCAUGAUUGACGGUCAGCGACGAUUUCCGCGACAAACAGUGGUGUUCAGAACAGCUUUCAACAAAUCCGAAAGCACUCAGUUACGACCGCACGACGUUCCUGGUAUUGCUCCCGUGCCUGAGCCCGGCCAUCACAAUCGAGUACUGCUGAACAGUCACUUGCCUGACAGCCCAGCAGAGUCCUAUCAUGGCCGGUCGCGUUCACAUUCUGGUGUAAAUAAUGCCGACAAGCUCGAAGGGACGACCGACUCACCCAAGGAAGCUCCAAGGCCUGGUUUCAGUAAAGGCUCAGUUAGCAGGGUUUCGCAAAAGGUCAAGCCAUCCAUCUCAGAAGCAAAUGAAACGAAGCGACCACCACCAUCAUCACAAAGGAAGUCUAUCAAACAACCCGGGCCAUCCGGGAUUUCUGCUCCCCGUCUGCCGCCCAGGCCUAUGAAGGGGACUGCCGCUGUGAAGGAAGCAACUGCACGAGAAGUUUCCACUAAACCUGAGCUCAAGAAGAGACAAACCGAACCUCCAAAUUUUCGGCCAGCAACCCCUCUCCCGAAUCGAGGUUUACGGAGAUCGCCCUACCCGAACUCUUCUCAGAAACAUUCGCCCCAAUCGCAAAAGCACACUCCGUCCCAUGAUAUACAUUCCCCAAAGGGCCCACGAGGGCAUUUUGCAAUGAGGCAUAAUAGUCAAGAGUCGCUCCUCACUCAAACAGAUGCUUUCAUAUCACGCCGCGGUGCUGACCUCCGUUCUGGAUCGCCUGCCGCGUCUCGGACUCACGUUCGCAGUAGCAGCUCUUUGUCUAUAACAAGAUCGGAGGCGGAUGGCAGGGUAUCAGCAAGCGACAACCGACCCGAUUCGUCGGCUCUACAUCGAAGAUCUCAUUCAUACACCCCCAGCCUAUAUUCCCUGGCAACUGCAGGCUCCGAGACAUCACUGCUACUCGCGCACCGGCCUCGCAAAAGUACCUACGGAGACACGGAAACCAUCCAAGCUCUCAAUCGCGAUGGCAUCGUUCCGGGAAUAUUCCCCGAGAGGCACUUCGUUCAGAACAUCAGGCGAUUCUGUCGCUUUUCAUCGGCCUCAUAUGGCUCCAAUGCACUCAAAGUCAUGGGUGUACCAAGAGAUCCCAAAAGCCUGCCGAGCACCACAUCAGAUGGCCACGCGCACAGCGCAUUCUCAGAAAACGCUGGCCUCCCAUCCUCCACAAUUUUGCUGUCAUCCUUCGUCGACCCAGCAGGUGGCUCGAACUCAGCCGGGGAGACAGAAACAGGCUUCCCACUCGUCCAUUAUCUCUCCAUAGACCACGACUCCAAAGCCAUCGUCCUCACCCUCCGAGGAACAUGGGGCUUCGAAGAUAUACUCACAGACAUGACCUGCGACUACGACGAUCUCGAAUGGCAAGGCAAAUCCUGGAAAGUCCACAAAGGUAUGCACGCCUCCGCAAAGCGCCUCCUAGAAGGCGGUGGCGGUAGAGUCAUGAUCACCCUCCGCGCUGCACUCGAAGAAUUCCAAGACUACGGCAUCGUGCUAUGCGGACACUCCCUCGGCGGCGGCGUUGCUGCCCUCCUGGCAACAAUGAUCUCAGAGCCAAAUCCAUCCCAAUCAGGGACAUCUUUCAUAACAUCAUCCUACCGUCCAAGCCUCCUACAAGACCCAUCCAAAAGCACAACAACCCCCCAAUCAAGCUACACCCUCCCCGCCAACCGCCCAAUCCAUGUCUACGCCUACGGCCCCCCAGCCGUAAUGUCCCCCUUCCUGCGCCUCGCCACCAGAGGUCUAAUCACAACCAUCGUCAACGGCUCAGACAUCGUCCCGUGUCUCUCUCUCGGGAUCCUCCAAGACAUGCACACCGCUUCAGUCUCAUUCAGAGACUCCUCCGGCGCAAAAUCACACAUCCGCCAACGUCUCGGCGACUCCCUCCGCCAGAGCAUCAUUCACAAAUUCUACGUCAACCAGCCCCCGCUGGUCGUCAAUGCGGGCGAUGGUGUGGGCGAGGAUGCGUGGGCGUGGAAAACACUUAAAUUGCUGCGUGAGGAGAUGCGCGCGCCGAAGCUCAUGCCGCCGGGUGAGGUCUUUGUUGUUGAGACUAUGCGUGUCUUGCAGCGCGAUGCUUUUACCAUGUCUGAUCUUGUUGAUGGGGGGAGGCUGGGGAGGCCUGCUACGAGGGUGCAGUUGAUAUUUGUUAGGGAUGUUGCGGCUUGGUUUGGGGAAUUGAGGUUUGCUGGAGGUAUGUUGAGUGAUCAUAACCCCGCGAGGUAUGAGACUAGUCUUGCGGCUUUGGUGAGGGGGGUUUUGGAUGAGUAG